GUUGUUACAGUGUUGGUACCGAAUGGAACACCGUCGUCGUCGUUGGUCGACGCAGCUCGACGUGACCGUGGUUUUUCCGUGCUUUUCGCGGCGAUAAGAACACAAGAGGAAACCGCGUGGACCGCGAAGACAAAUAAUUUCGAGUGGAUAAUCGACGACGGGUACUUAAAACAACUGGUCGACGGUGAAAAGAGGAUCGCUGAAGUUUCCAACGGCGGGUCCAACGAAGCGGUUCUAAUUAGCGGUGUAAUUUCGAUUUUUCGCGGGGUCUGCAAGAAUUACGAGGAGAGAUUCGACGGUGUUGCAGCCAGCGAUCCCUGACCGCACGGAGGAAUCAAACGUCGGCCGUUUCGCUCGAUCGCUGGAGGAUCAUCCUGUCCUGUAGUCCCAGGGAUCCGAUUUUAAUGAAAGCUUUUCCCGAUCGUAGCGCGCGUCCGGCAGCAACGCAGUUCCCGCUUGAAAACGCUUCGGGUGCCUCGCUGGCGGAAUAAUGCGAGCGAAGCGCAUCGAGGAGGAGACGCGCUUCAGACUGCUGAGGUACACGCACCGCGCCAAGUGUCGGAAGAUUAUUUAGUCGAACGUGCGAACGAAAACGGGAACCGACCGACGCAGACUGACGCACGAGACUGAAACCAAAAACGCUGCUGAUUUCCUCCACGCCUGGCUCCACCGGAACCUGAGAUAAUCGCCGUGUGAUUCGUGUGAGUGUGAACGCGACUGUGAACGUGUCUUUAGUGUUGCUCCGCCUCGAAUCCGAACCGUCGAAGGGGGAGGAACUGGACCUCGAGGAUUCUUCCGUUUCCGGUAGUUUAACAAAUUGGGAAGAGGAUCGAAGAACAAAAUUGAGCAGCAAGGGAAUAACAUUUCGAAUAAGCUGAAAAACGAGAGAGAGAGAGUUAAGACUGUGAGAUAGAGGAGGAAAGUUUGGAAGCGGAUUUUUUCAAAUUGGUUGAAAGAUCGUGGAAUCUAGGAAUUAGGGAGUCUGAAAGGAAGACGGGGCCCUUGUAAGUCUUCCGUCUGCGAUUGAAGGUUAAAGUACAAGGGAGAGGCGAAGUUAAGUAUUCCAACAAGUUCGCUGGUUCGGAAAUCCCGGAGUCUCGAAACGCGCGAUUAAAAAUUCAAUCCAGACGGCAGGAGCCGGUGCAGUUCGCGACCGAAGGGCCCUCGAAGUGUCUGAGCACCCGGCAAGAUCGAGGAGAAAAUUCCCAGAGCGAAUCGAAAACAAACAAAUAUCCGCCUGUAAAAAAUUCCACGAGACUGAGAACUUUCGAAAUCGUUGCUUUCGAGACUCGAAUAACUUGUCGGUAUCCAAAACGAACUCGAGAACGGAAUACUGUAAGGAUUUAUAUCGACGGGAAGAGCGCUCUGUUAUUUAUUUAUCACCGAAAUAACACUUUCGCGAAUUCUCACCCCGAACGGAGGGUCUUCGUCGUCGUGGAUAAUAAAGGGGGAGCCCAGACUCGGGAAGGUGGUUCGCCAGGGGGUUGAAAAACGAGGGGCGUAGUCGAGGACGAGGCAGAGGUGAACGACGAGCGGAAGGACGUGGAGAACAUCGCGAUCGAGGCGAUAUAACGCGCGUGGGGUUGGUGUUGGAGGGUGACGGAGGGUGGGGGGAUGGAAACGAGGAUCGAACGAGCGGAGUCAGCGUGCCGGGACGUCCUCGUCGCGACGCUGAAAUGGGAUCGAAUUUAGGCGAGGAUACCGGACCAACGACUCCGAGGGGGUUGAAAAAUCGCUCGAACGAGGAGGGAAACAAUUUUUCUUAAUUUCCACGGAAGAACCGUAAGGUGAACUUUGGAAGGGCGUUAACGAGGAGCGUAACAAUUGGCCACGGGGAGCAUGCUCAAGGCGAAGGAGGGAAUUAGAGGAAGCGGUGGUUCGGAGGAUAGAAUUUAAAUUAGAGGGUUCGAGUCUUUUCGGGAUCGACGCGAGUAAUUAGAACCGGGAGAGGCUUUUUUCGACUAAUCGCGGUUGUCCUUUUUGGAAGCAGGGACGAGGGAGGCGCAGACAAUAGUUCGAAGAGACAAUAGAGGAUCGAGGUGAUCCUGGGAGAGAUCGACGGAGCCGGAACUCGCGUAGACGCGAGGAAUCUGAUGUCUGGGUUGGGUCUGACUUCCGGGAUUAUUUAUCGGGGAUAGAAGAAUAGUCGAAGUUUGGGUACUCGUGGGUGACGAGACACAUCCAUUAGGGGGAUCCUACAGCGGUAAUUAAGUCGAUCGAUCAGAUCGGUGAAUCCUAAGCCGGGAACGUCUUCGUUUAACCCGAGAAUUACGCGUCGAAGGAAGAAGAUACCCAAGUGUUUGUACGAGACGGCUCAAACGAAGGAACAGAGCGAAACGGAGAUAAGACUGAAGAUAGAGGGGAGUCAGAGUUGCUACGAAGGAAAGAACUUAAAUUGCUUGGGAGUUCAGGAACGGGGGUUGUAUUCGGUUAGAGAAACAAAGUACUCUGGCUCGAGGACUAUAGGGCAGCUUAUGUACUCUAUUGGGAAAAUUGGGCUAUAAAAAGGAAGAUAAGGGUCAGAGUACUCUGCUCCAAGGUUCAAUUUAGAGUACUCGAAAAAUGCAACAAGAAUAGAGCCAAAUCACUCUGCUCUGGAAUAAAAGUACUCUGUUUUAUAUUUAAAAAGGACACAGUUACUCUGUUAAACGGAAGGAAUCGCUGCAUAUCAGGCUAUAGAAAGGCUAUUUUGAGGUUAAAGGCAAUAAGUUAGAGUACUCCGGCUUGUAGGGUAAAGAGGAGUCAAGGUGCUCUACUUUGUAAAAGAGAGUGCCCCCAAGGUUGAGGAAAUCAGAAUACUUCCCUCUGCUAUACAGUCACGAACAGAAGCUCUAAAAAGUACUCUGGUUCAAGGUCUUCGAAAGUUCGAAGUUGGAUAUCGAAUAUAGAGCCCAGAAGUCGAGCAGAGGGAGAUCGAAUGGGUGAGCCAUGGUCCCCGUUUCACCGACAAUGACGUUCCUCGGGAGUCGAUGAUCGAUCACCGGUACCAUCGAUCUUGGAGAGUCGUGAUGGAGGUUCAGGCGGCUCGGUGGCGUUCCCCGAGCCCACUCGUUCGACCGUCGUUCAGGAAGUCCUUGAAAGUCCUUCGAGAGGAUCGCACGGACGCGCCAGAGGACCUUGGCAACUAAGAUGCGAGAACUGAACGCCAGCGAUUGCGCUACUUUGUACGAGCGCGUCCAGUGGUCCGGCCCGUGGAUCGUGAUUACCCUGAUCGUCCUGGCGAUCGUGAACGUGAUGGUGGUGCUAGGAAACGUCCUGGUGAUCCUGGCCGUAUACUACACCAGCAAACUGCAAAACGUGACGAACACGUUCAUCGUCAGCCUCGCUGUUGCCGAUCUCUUGGUCGGACUGGCUGUCCUACCCUUCAGCGCCACCUGGGAGGUCUUCAAGGUGUGGAUCUUCGGCGAUCUAUGGUGCUCCGUUUGGCUGGCAGUGGACGUGUUGAUGUGCACGGCGUCCAUAUUGAAUUUAUGCGCCAUCAGCCUCGAUAGAUACUUAGCGGUGACCAGGCCAGUCAGUUACCCUCAGAUCAUGUCGCCGAAGAGGGCCAGAAUGCUAGUGGCCGCCGUUUGGAUACUGAGCUUCAUCAUCUGUUUCCCGCCCCUCGUUGGAUGGAAAGACAAACGGUCGCAUCCCACGUACAACGUGACAUUCGCACAGAAGGGGCCUUUCAACACCACCACCAUCCUGGUUCCGGUGAAACCGUGUCCCUGGAUCUGCGAGCUCACUAACGAUGCUGGUUACGUCGUCUAUAGCGCCCUGGGCUCCUUCUAUAUACCGAUGCUGGUCAUGCUGUUUUUCUACUGGCGAAUAUACAACGCGGCCGUCUCCACGACCAAGGCCAUUAAUCAAGGCUUCCGCACGACAAAGGGCUCGAAAAUGCUCGGCUCCAGAUUCAGCGAACAAAGGCUGACCUUGAGGAUGCACCGGGGACGAGGAAGCGUUCACAACGGGAGCAACAACGGAAGCCCGAGGAGUCCGGAGUCGAAUAGUCGGAGCUCGGUGAAAAGGGAGAAGAUAGAGAUCUCGGUCUCCUAUCCGAGCACGGAGACACUGAAUACAAAGUGUAACACUCUCGAGAGGACGCCCUCGAGAUGCUCUCAAACCUCCGUGCAUUACAGCAACGGGCAGACGCAGAGCCAGCUCUGUCCAGCCUCGAGGAGCACGCAUCUCAAGGUGGGCGGUAUCAAUCGAGUAGGCAGCACCAGGAGGCCGAGCAGACGUAGCAGUUGCGAGAGUCAAAUAACAGGAGACGAAGUGUCACUGCGGGAACUGAACCCGGGCACCGAGGAGAAGCCCAGAACGAUGAAGAUGGGCAAGAGGAACAUAAAAGCCCAGGUGAAAAGGUUUCGCAUGGAGACGAAGGCGGCGAAGACGUUGGGUAUCAUCGUUGGCGGAUUCAUUCUCUGUUGGCUUCCAUUCUUCACGAUGUACUUGGUGCGCGCCUUUUGUCCGAACUGUAUUCAUACCACCGUCUUCAGCGUGCUGUUCUGGCUGGGCUACUGCAACUCCGCGAUAAACCCCUGUAUCUACGCCCUCUUCAGCAAGGACUUUCGGUUCGCGUUCAAAAGAAUUAUCUGUAAAUGUUUCUGCAAGCGACGGGGCAACGGUAUUAGACGCGGCAGCGACGGAAGUCAAUUAACAGUCAGAAACGACCGGAGUCCCAGCUACUCCAUGCGGAUGGCACAGCAGGGGGUGUCGAUCGACGACUCCGACCCGGAUCCAAGUUCAGAGCCGACGGUGCACUCGCAAAGUGAGUCGAGAUGACUGUAGCGCGCCAGGUGUGGCGCGCAGCGCGUCACCUUCAAUCCAAAGACCUCGAAAGUGAGGAUCCAGUCGUUCUGAAGUGUUCCUCGGCGCUCGUGUUAGCGCCGUCUGUGCCGCGGAACCGAGCACAGCCGGUGCAACAGCCACCUGGACAACGACUCCAGGACCACUUCGACAAAGAGAGGAUUCCGCUCUGACCAGGCGGGGUUCGUGACAAACAUUCGAGCUUCAUCGGUGUCUUACUACGUUUCACGAAUGAAUCGCGUCCGGGAAUAAACGGAAACAUAAAUAGACUAAUCGUAACGCGACGACGACGGCCGUUCGAGAUCCACGUUCGGUCGAUCUCGACACGGAACUUCUAAUAAUACUCCAGUGAGCCUGGUGAAGUUAAACAAUUGCCACAAAAUGCACAAAAUCCUUUCGUUUAUUCGCGAAGUUUUCCCCUUUCCCCAUUUCCCUCCUCUCCGCGGUGUGUUUCUCGAGCUACUUUCAGAUCAGACCCUCCACCACCCCCGAACCCCCUCUUCCCUUCCGACGAGAGUGAAGAGAAUAUCGUGAAACUUUCCGCGAACUUGCAGCGAGUUUAAAGACUGUUUGAACUUCGUGACCCUUCGAGCGGACUUCGCGCGAGACGCGAGAACCCAAUAAAGUACGUACGUGUCGGUAUCUAUGUGUACACAGCUAUGUUAAACGCAAAAACCCACCCGUUCGCGCGACUGUUGAAAAUUAAAACCCGUUGGUUACCGAGCAUGGGGGUCCCUCUGGCCUCUCAGCACCGGUCCGAGCGUUCACCCAUUGUUUCCGUAGAUUUUUUACCGUUCCUCGUUGGUUAUUUGUGAUAAUAGCGUUAAACGAUCGCACUGCGACACGAAUGCGGCACUAGAACGUGUACCGGCGUUGAUUUCUGUCGUUUUCGGGGGAAGUACAGCCUGCCAAACUCGUCCACUUCGUCCUCCGUGGUCCUAGAUGGCGCCACUGGACCGGCGCGCCAUAGAUGCGCGCGCGAACCAAUGAUUCCAAACCUCUUUUCUCCACGAAACCCUUACGGACGUUCUUAAAUCAACAGAAUUCGUUUUCAGUUUCAAUCGUAGCGUUCGGUUUUGAGACCAACGAGUUUCUCCUUCGAUAAAAUUUGUAUUGGAUAGGAAAGGACUAUGGACCCACGUCCACUUCGAAGCGACAAUUGGAGAAAGGGGAGGGUAUUCCCCUCAAACGGCAGAAAUAAAUGCUGCCCGGUGUACUGGGCGCGAAAAUAUCCACUCCUACGAAUGAAAAAAACGUGUUCCUGCAGAGGGUGAUCAUUCUCGAGCACGUGAUGCGCAAAAUGGCUGCGCACGUGCACGGUUCACGCACCUGUAGCGUUUGAACGAUAUCUUUGCGUCCAGGUACAACAAACCCCCGUAUAACGCAAGAAUCCCAGACCUCGUGCAAAACGAGGGGAAUAUGAAAUAUCUAAAACAGUGUUUUCUAAAGAGGGAAAGCGAGAGGGUGUGAAAGAAAAAUGUUAAUAAUUUAAACAUUCUAUCAACACGUUGAUCAUCGGGGUUUAAUAACUACUUGAUUCUUUUUUUUCUAAGGGGAAUUUUCCAAAAAUUUGGAAACCACUGAUCUAGAUAGAAUAUACGAAACCACGUGCAAGCAAUGCGUUAUACGGGGGUUUACAGUAUGUUACAGGGCGUUUCAAAAGCCACGAAAACUUCGAGUUCGUUGAUACCAGUGCUGUCCACGGGUGGAGCCACUCGCGCUGUCAUGUCCUCCCCCCCACCAUUCGUAUUAUAUUUCUACGAGGUGCGCGCGCACACAACGUCGUCCUUAAUGACAGCACGGUGACAGAGUGGGGGAAGCUCCGAGAACUAAAAUCGAACAGCGCUGGUCGAGGCGGACAGAGACAGAGAAUUGGACAAAAUUCUAUUCGAAUAAUGAAUAACCAAUGAGAUUAACGUACAGCAAUUUAUUCGUGGCGUUCGUUCGAUCGAACUUGUUUAAUUCUAUAAUUGAAAUUGCGAUUUUUAUUUAACGAGCAAGGGACGGACGGUCGUUUGUCGUUUGCUCGUUGUUCGAAAUUUGUAUUUGGACAUUUUGCCCAUCUCUGACUCGGGAUACCGCGACUUACGAGGCACCCUGUAGCGCGCGCGACGCGAAACGUUGAACAUAAGUAUUGUUAUAUCGAUGCAAUUCGAACGAAGAACUCGUCGGGAAUUUUUGUACGGGUGUAUUCAGAUUUUUUCCAAAAACGUUUAUUAUCGAAAGUCGGACGCAGAUUCCGCGAUUCGUCGGGGGCAGAGGGACGUCCGCAAAACCGAGCUAUCGAAUUCAGUGCGCGGUUCAUUGUAUUAUGUGAUAUAUC